AUUUGUAUGAAUGUUAUAGCAUGCGAUAAGAGUUCGUAAUGUUCACUUCAGAUAUGAUUUUGUUGAAUAAAUCACUCAUCUUCACCACUUUUGUCAUGAAUGUUAUGUUAUGCAGAGUUGUAGCAAACUUCAGCGAGGUUGUAACAUCAACAAGGUCGUUUCAUGUCGACCUCCAUUCACUCCUGAAGAAGUGGUGUGUUAAUCACCAGCUCUCCAUGUUUUUAUCAGCCUGACACACACUCCAACCAUCUCACACACUCACACACACUCUUUUCACUUUCCUCACUUCGCCAUAGGAUGCGCUAUGCCGUGUCUCUCGGCUCUCUCGGCCUGCUCCGGCUGCUCGGCGCGCCCUGGUCGUGGAGCGUGGCCGCUGGACUCGGCCUGUACCUGGGCUCCGGCGGCUGGAGAUACCUGUACGUGGCCGCGCGCACCGCCAAGAGGGACCUCAAUGGUGUGCUGGUGCUCCUGAGGGUGAAGCUGGCGCUGUGGCGUCACACGCGUAAUGGCAGCACCAUCCCCUCCAUCUUCGCCCAGACCGUGGCUCAGCACCCGGACAAACCCGCUCUGGUGUACGAGGCCACCGGGGAAACGUGGACCUUCUCCGAGCUCGACCGGCUGUGUAACGGCGUGGCUCAUUGGGCUCUGAGUCAGGGCUGGGGCUCGGGGGACGUGGUGGCGGUGUUAAUGGAGAGCAGGCCUCUGCAGGUGGUGCUGUGGCUCGGCCUGGCUAAACUCGGCAUCGAGUCAGCGCUCAUCAACUUCAACCUGAGGCGAGACUCCCUCAUGCACUGCCUGGGCGCGUCGGGAGCACGGGCGCUCGUUUUUGGGGCAGAGCUCGCUGAUGCCGUGUCGGAGGUGAGCUCCUCUCUGAGUGAGUCUGUGGCUCUCUUCUGCACCGGAGACCUGAGUCCUGAUCACAUGACCUCUCUCAAAGCUCAGCCAUUCGACUCGCUGCUGGCGUCUGCACCACGCCAUCCUCCCUCCUGCACUCCAUCCAAGGGCUUCAGCGACCGUUUGUUCUACAUUUACACCUCGGGAACUACUGGACUUCCCAAAGCUGCUAUCGUGGUGCACAGUCGAUAUUAUAGAAUGGCGGCUUUUGGGUAUUAUGCUUUCGGCAUGAAGCCAGAUGACAUCCUGUAUGACUGCUUACCUCUCUACCAUUCAGCAGGUAAUAUAAUUGGUGUCGGUCAGUGUUUAAUCAACGGACUGACUGUGGUGGUGAAGAAGAAGUUUUCAGCCAGCCGCUUCUGGGAAGACUGCAUCAAGUACAACUGCACUGUGGUGCAGUACAUCGGCGAGAUCUGCCGCUACCUGCUGUCUCAGCCUGUGCGCCCAUCAGAGCGUGGGCACCGUGUGCGCCUGGCUGUGGGUAACGGGCUCCGCCCCAGCGUGUGGGAGGCCUUCACUCAGCGCUUCGGCAUUAAACAGAUCGGCGAGUUCUACGGAGCCACCGAGUGUAACUGCAGCAUCGCCAACAUGGACGGCAAGGUGGGAUCGUGUGGGUUUAACAGCAUGAUUCUGCCGAGCGUCUACCCCAUCCGUCUAGUGAAGGUAAACGAAGAGACCAUGGAGCUGGUGAGGAAUAAGGACGGACUUUGUGUUCCAUGUAAGCCAGGAGAACCCGGGCUGCUGGUGGGCAAAAUCAACCAGCAGGAUCCUCUGCGUCGCUUUGACGGCUACGCCAAUCAGGAAGCCACCAAGAAGAAGAUUGCCCACAACGUUUUCAAGAAAAACGACUCUGCCUACCUGUCGGGUGACGUUCUGGUGAUGGAUGAACUGGGCUACAUGUACUUCCGGGACCGCAGUGGGGACACGUUUCGCUGGAAGGGUGAAAACGUCUCCACUACUGAAGUGGAAGGAAUCCUGAGCAGCCUGCUGGGCCAGACGGAUGUGGCAGUGUACGGAGUCACCGUGCCAGGUGUGGAGGGAAAAGCGGGGAUGGCCGCUAUCGCUGAGUCCACAGGGAGCUUUAACUGUGAAUCCUUUCUCAGAGAAGUCCAGAAGGUGUUGCCUCCAUACGCUCGGCCAGUUUUUCUCCGCAUCUCCCCACAAGUAGACACUACAGGUACAUUUAAAAUUCAGAAGACCAGGUUACAGAAGGAGGGAUUUGACCCCCGUAUCACAGCGGACCAGAUCUACUUUCUGAACUCCAGAGCAGGGCGUUAUGAGGUAGUGACUGAGGAAGUCUAUAAUGCCUUAGUAGAAAAUAGGAUACCUCUGUGAGAGAGGAUGAGGAGCAGAUCAGGUAAAGCCAUGGCAUUUCAGGGAUCAGUUAUUAAGGUGCAAAAGAAAGCAAACAGGAUCUCUGCUGUGGCUUGUACUGCUAAUAUUUAGAGAGACAAGGUUUAAUGUUUAGCACUGUUUAACUGAAUAACACUAUAUUUAAAAAGUGUUCAUUUUUACGUUUUACAGCGUGUAAACCGUGCCUUUUGCAUGAGACGCACAUUAGGUUAAGGGGUUCCUCAACGGGAUGUUCUGUUACCAGCGAAAAGCUCUGUCUGAUAUGUUGGUUUUUAUUCGGGAACAUGUGUUACUUUUAGUAGAGGAAAUUUCCGAGGUCAAACUUUUCUGAGGUCAAAUUAUGCCUGCUAAAUGGUGUUCAUUUAAUAACUCAUGUGGAACAGAAGUAUUACACCACUGUACCUGUACAAGAGGAGAAGCAUUCUCCUGAACACCAGAGCUGCUGAUAUUCUUACAUUAUUUUCCUCCUGAUAUUGUGACGCAAACACAAACCCGGCAGCACAAACGAAUAAAUUCCUCAUAAUUCUGUUAUCCUUUAUUUACUACUAUUGUUUUAGAGACAAAUACUUUUAAGCAAUAAAUAAAACCUCCUAAAAAGGGAGUGUAUAGUUUACUUUAUUAAUAAUAAUCCCUGUCUGGGUUGCCAAACACUAACAUCGAUGAUGUUUUCCACACUGACUGUGAGCGUGAUUAGCUUGUUUUUAAAUGAUUGUAGAUGGAUAUUUCUAAAGACGUCUAAUACAAAGUGCCUUAAAUCUGUUCUCCCUGAAUUUGAGAAAAUAAUCAUCCAUUAUAGACAGUUUAAUUUGAAUUUUAGUGUUAUUCUGUUACACUCUGUGAGCCAUCAGCACUGACGGUUGUCCUGUUUUAACAUGAUGUGAAUGGAAACUGAGCUAAAAUAAACAUUAUUAAAAACCUGC